ACUGUUUUUGCCAAUGGCCACAGCCUUAACGAAGCACCCCACAUUUCUAAGCUUCAGCAAAAAAAACCACAGCAGCCGCCUCCACGUCAGUUUCUCCACCAUUAUCCUCAGCAGCCACAACUCUACGCUCCAAAUAUUAACACUGAUUACCCUUCCUCCGAGUCGCCCACUCAUCCAUCCAGACAGCUCUGUUCCUCAAGCCUUUCCACAAACCGUCUCGUUGCUGGUAUUCCCACCAUCGCCUCUUCUGUGGAUACGGAUCACUUGCACGAACUUGUCGAGGUCUCAAUGGAUUCCUGUGAGGACGAGUUAACUCUACGCUGCCGCCGAAAUCAAGUUGCCCUCACUGAUGUAGAGAAGCAACUGGCCCCUGAGAUGGAUAACGGCAGCUCUAGUAUGAUCAAUAACACUAGUAUUGUUACUGAUAAUGGCUUGGAAGGAUCAAGCUUGCUACCUGAAUAUGCUGCUCGUGUAUCACACACCGCGACUGACGUCUAG